UUGACGCGGUGUGAUCGGCAUCCGGAGAAAGACAACGGCUCUUGGAAGCUAGAGACGAGAAAUCGCUGAUCUUUGUAUUUGAUGUGUACCUGCGGUGCAUAUUUUAAGGCGCGUUUGUCUAACGAUCAGGGCUGAUCCCAACAGGCCUCCCCUCGUCGGCUGAGCCGCCUCUCGUCAAUAUUCGCUAAUGGGAGGUCGGCUAACUUGACGAUGACGAUGAUGAUGAUGAUGCAUCAGAGGAUUUAUCCCGGUGUCUGAGAUGGAGCCAGCGGCGCUCGAGUGGAGUCGCUUGCUAGCCAGCUAGCGAGCUAACGGUGCCCUCCGGGAUUGAGCGUGUUCCCAAGCAGAUCGCGUUUUAUAGCUAAAUGGGUGCAGCCGCAGUUUUAUCGCGCAGUAUUUCCACCUUUGACCCCCACGUUUGAUAGCCCGACCAUGCCGACCUGCAAAUACUGCUAACUUAACCUCCUGGGUUGGGUACACGUGACAGCGUUUAUCUCGCUCCAACAAUUAGCUGCACCUUCGGCCGUCCUUGGAUGCUUCAGUGACGGUAACCGGACGGUGUGUAUCAGGAUGGCACAGCUCUUGGAUGGGGCCGGGAAACUGGUCUGGGUUCUCCUCAGAUCCGUGCUCCGUUUCACUUUUAUGUUCAUCAACAACUGUGUAGCCAUCCCAUCCUACUGCUUGUACCUGAUGCUGCUUCAACCCCUGAGAAUAUGGGACCGCUCCGUUUUCUGGCACAUUGAAGGCAUCAUGUUCAAGUGGUUGCUGGCCAUGGUGUCUUCAUGGGGUUGGGUUGCAGGUUAUACAGUAACAGAAUGGGGUGAUGAUGUGCGGCCGAUCUCCGAGGAAGAAGCCAUGGUCAUCGUCAACCACCAAUCAACAGGAGAUGUGUGCACACUCAUGAUGUGCCUGCAAGACAAGGGAACGGUGGUACGAAAAAUGAUGUGGCUGAUGGACCACGUGUUUAAAUACACCAACUUUGGCCUAGUGUCCUUGAUCCAUGGGGACUUCUUCAUUAGACAGGGUAAAGCUCACCGAGACAAGCAGCUGGUUUACCUGAAAGAGCACCUAGAUAAAUACUACCACAGCCGUGACAGGAAGUGGAUAGUGCUGUUUCCUGAGGGCGGCUUUCUUCGCAAGAGGCGGGAAACGAGCCAGUUGUUCGCCAAGAAGCACUCGCUCCCCCAUUUGACCCACGUCACGUUGCCUCGUCUCGGGGCCAGCCACGUCAUACUGAAAACUCUGGGAGCCCAGCAGGAGAACGGCAGUGUGGGCGGCGACACCAGCAUGCUGAACACGACAGCUAAUAAACGUAAAGGCUUGCAGUGGGUUAUAGACAUGACCAUAGCGUACCCCAAAGCAAGACCGAUGGACAUCCAGACCUGGAUCUUUGGCUACAGGCCUCCUACAGUCACACAUGUACAUUACAG